UCGUGUUCCUGGCAGGUCAGGCCGUUGUCCUCUGGCUCGGCCGCUUUGACUUCACCCUCGUCCCACCGAUUCGAUCACCAAACGGUGGCAGGUGGACGGGCAUGGUCAGCGAGGUCCCAGCUCCGUAGCCGUUGAUUCACUCGUUCCAUCUCGUCUCGUCCUCUCCUCGCACCGGCCGCGGCCAUGGAGGAUCACCGCGGAGGCGGCGCCGUGGGAGGAGGAGGCGAGGUCGAGAAGAGCUCGGCGCUGGGUGAGGUCAGGAGGCAGCUGCGCCUCGCCGCGCCGCUCGCCGCCGGGCUCCUCCUGCAGAAGGUCAUCCAGACCAUCUCGAUCCUGUUCGUCGGCCGCCUCGGCGAGCUCCCCCUCGCCAGCGCCUCCCUCGCCACCUCCUUCGCCAACGUCACGGGCUUCAGCUUGCUGUCAGGCAUGGCGAGCAGCCUGGACACGCUGUGCGGGCAGGCCUUCGGCGCGGGGCAGCGCCACCUGCUCGGCGUCUACAAGCAGCGCGCCAUGCUGGUGCUGGCCGCGGCGACCGCCCCCGUGGCGGCGGUCUGGGCCUACGCCGGCGAGAUCCUCGUCUGGUUCCGGCAGGACCGGGCGAUCGCCGCGGGGGCCGGCAGCUACACCCGGCGCAUGCUCCCGGCGCUGCUCCUGUUCGGGCAGCUGCAGUGCCACGUCCGCUUCCUGCAGCCGCAGAACGUCGUGGUGCCGGUGAUGGCGAGCUCCGCCGCCACCGCCGGGGCGCACGUCGCCGUCUGCUGGCUACUGGUGCGCCGCCUGGGCAUGGGCGCCAACGGCGCCGCGCUGGCCAACGCCGUCUCCAACCUCGUCAACCUAACGGUCCUGGUCAUUUACGUCAGGGUCUCGCCGGCCUGCAGGGACACCUGGACGGGGUUCUCCCGCGAGGCGUUCCGCGGCAUCCCGGGCUUCCUCAAGCUCGCCGUGCCGUCCGCUGCCAUGGUCUGUAUGGAGUGGUGGUCCUUCGAGAUCCUUGUGCUUCUUUCAGGUCUUCUCCCCAACCCAAAGCUCGAGACCGCCGUGAUGUCUAUCUGCUUCAACACCUAUGUCUUUGCAUUCAUGCUCCCGAUGGGACUUGGUUCUGCAGCAAGCAUUCGUGUUUCGAACGAGCUUGGUGCAGGACGGCCGCAGGCGGCGCGCCUCGCGACGCGGGUGGUCAUUCUCCUGGCGAUCUCCCUGGGCGUUUGUGAAGGUCUUUUCAUGGUCCUGGCCCGUAAUCUACUGGGAUACGCGUACAGCAAUGAGAAGGAAGUGGCCUUGUACACCGCUAAGCUGACGCCGAUCCUCGCGGUGUGCACCUUAUUUGACAGUCUGCAGUGUGUUCUUUCAGGUAUUGUUAGAGGCUGUGGCCGGCAAAAGAUUGGUGCCUUUAUCAACUUUUCUGCAUUCUAUAUUGUUGGCAUCCCUGCGGCAUCCAUAUUCGCCUUUGUCUGUCAUCUCAGAGGAAUGGGACUCUGGCUUGGUAUCUUGUGUGGAGUAGCAGUGCAGAUGCUCUUGCUUCUCUGCAUCACCUUGUGCACCAACUGGAACAAAGAAGCACUGAAGGCCAAUGAUAGAGUUUUCAGUUCUUCUCUUCCUGUCGGCAACACGGUAACAUCAGGUGGUAGCGAGCAUCCAAAUGGAUGCAGUUUUGUUGGUAAGGGUGCGCAAGGGACCAUUUGAGGGGACAAAGGGUUCUACCACUCCGAGCACAGGUUGAUGGCAUCAUGUACUUGCUGCUUUGCCUUCAGUUAGAAGCUUUCUCCAUCCUUGUCUCUAAGAAAAGAAAUGCACUUAGGAAUGUGUAGCAGAGCACUGAAGAUGUAUUCAAUUGGUUUUAGAAGUCUGAAACCUCGGUAAGCAACUCGGUACCCGCCCCGCAGAUUUUGUGGCAUGGGAUCAAAUCCAGAUUUGAAAAUGCGUUGUAAAUGCUGACGAGCGUUAGUAAGACAGAUAGAUACAUAGCGCCUACGCUCUGAGGUUGAGAACUCGUCUUCAGCUCCAAAUUCGAAUGUGUCGCCAUGCCAAUAGGUGCACUGGUAUGUGUACGUAGCAAAUUUACCAAACAGUUACACUGUUUGAAUUUGUUUCGUGAA